AUGCGCACAUUCGCUCUCAUCUCGGCGUUGGCCGCCACGGUCCUCGCCUCACCUAUGCCACAAGGAGUGACCUCCCAGAUCGCUCCAUCCUCCCCUGCCCCCGAAGGUUGCUCACCCUCGUUCAGCGGCAGCUUUGGAAUCACAGCUGUGAAUGUCUCUUCCUCGGCAAAGCGGGAUCUUCAGUCGCGACAAGAUACCGUCCUCACUCUGACCCUUAGCGAUUCCGUCCUGACGGACCAAGCUGGUCGCACAGGAUACAUCGCAUCCAAUUAUCAGUUCCAAUUUGACGCCCCUCCCCAGGCUGGCGCCAUCUACACGAGCGGCUUUUCUGUCUGCUCGAAUUACAGCCUUGCCUUGGGUGGCUCUGCUAUUUGGUAUCAGUGCUUGAGCGGCAAUUUCUACAACCUUUACGACCGCAACUGGGCGCCUCACUGUGUCCCGAUCUACCUUUACGCCCUUACGUCCUCGGCUCCUGCCAGCACCGCUGCCGUUCCCACGGUCAGCCAACAGGCCGAUGGUCAACCCGCUGCGACUUCGGCUGCCACUCAGCUCUCGGACGGACAGCCGCAGGCACCCACUGGGGCUCCAGCCACGCAGCUAACUGACGGACAACCCCAGGCACCCACUGGAGCCCCGGCCACCCAGCUGAGCGAUGGCCAACCACAAGCCCCAGCAGGAACGCCUGUGACGGUGCUCUCAGACGGUCAGCCCCAGGCACCCACUGGUGCUGUGACGGUGCUCUCAGACGGCCAGCCUCAGGCUCCCACCGGUGCCCCAGCGACCCCUGUGACGCCUCAGGCUCCCACCGGUGCCCCAGCGACCCCUGUGACGGUGCUCUCGGAUGGCCAGCCCCAGGCACCCACAGGUGCCGUGACGGUGCUUUCAGACGGCCAGCCUCAGGCACCUACUGGUGCUGUGACGGUGCUCUCAGACGGCCAGCCUCAGGCUCCCACCGGUGCCCCAGCGACCCCUGUGACGGUGCUCUCGGAUGGCCAACCGCAGGCACCCACUGGCGCCCCAGCGACCCAGUUGAGCGAUGGCCAACCACAAAUUCCGACGGCAACCCCCGUGACGGUGAUGUCGGAUGGUCAGCCCCAGGCACCAACAGGUGUGGCCCCUGCCUCUACCAGCUCCGUCGCCCCAGCAGCGUAUACUGGCGCUGCCCACCGACCGGAAUUUGCUGGAAGCCUUGCAGCUGUGGCUGGUAUUGCCGGCCUCGUUGUGCUGCUUUGA